UUCUUCCGUCCUCACCGUCCCUCCCUUCGCUGCCACACGCAAAGUUAGCAAAUUAGCUUCGAGCAGCUGUCGGUGGCAGUCACUUCAACCGGGCGCUUCUUUCAUAUUAUAUCCGCCAUCGUAGCCCGUGUCCGCCCCCUCCUCGAACGAAGCAGCGGACGUUUCUUCCGAUUCCGAAGCCGACCGGCCGCUGCGUCGCCUCUCCGGGCUUCCUGCGAUCCAAAUUGCCGCCGCCGCCGCCCCGACCGCGACAAGGAAGAAGCUGUGGGACAUGGCCAGACCAGAACAAGUCCUGGUGCUGGAGCCUCAACACGAGCUGAAAUUCAGAGGACCGUUCACAGACGUCGUCACCGCCACUCUGAAGCUCACCAACCCCACAGAUCGAAAUGUGUGUUUCAAAGUCAAGACCACCGCGCCUCGCCGUUACUGCGUUCGCCCAAACAGCGGCGUCAUCGACUCCGGAACCUCCAUCAAUGUUUCUGUCAUGCUGCAACCUUUCGACUACGACCCCAAUGAGAAGAGUAAACAUAAAUUCAUGGUGCUGUCCGUGCUGGCUCCCUACGACAUGACAGACAUGGAGGGCGUCUGGAAGGAGGCCAAGCCGGAGGAACUCAUGGAUACAAAGUUGAGAUGUGCCUUCGAGAUGCCUCUCGAAAAUGACAGCGUGCAUGAGCCCGAAAGCUACCACACUGUGCAUUCCUCUACCUCUUCUGUUAAGACGGAGCACGUCGCGCUGCCAAAGUCGUCGUCGCUGGAUGACGGGGAGGUGAAGAAGAUCACGGAGGAGUACAAACGGCAGCAGGCAGACGUGCAGAGGCUACGGGAAGAAAACAAACAGAUCCGGGAGAACAACGGGCUGCGGAAGAGAAUAGUGACGGUGGCCGCGGCCGACUCCUACCCUUCCUCCUCUGUCGUGGCGGCCUUGGCCACGAGGAACGAAGGCCUGAGCGCCCGCGUGGUGGCGCUCUGCGUCCUCUUCUUUGUCAUCGGCGUCAUUGUCGGCAAGCUGGCCCUGUAGGUGCGCGGACGGACGGCGCCGUGCCGGACAGAUGGAUGGCCGGUGGCCCGGAAGGACACGUUUCGUCGACGGCGACAUGAGGAGGUCUUCUUGGCUUUACAUUUUCUCUCUUGUUCUUCUUUUUAACCUUAAAGGCAAUAUUGUUGGGGCUUGUCGUGGCAGGGCUAAAAAGAAACGUUUGAAUGUGUUCAAAGAAAACAAAGUUAAACCUUAGGUUUUCUCUCUCUUUUUGUGUGUGCGUGUGAAAUAAUCACCACCUACAAUCCAGUGGCUCCGUCCAUCGCUCUCGAUCCUAAAGAGCUUGCACAGGUAACAGCGGUGAUGUGGCUCAAGGCUUCCAUUGAUUACUGACUGAUGUCACUUAAACACAUCCUCCUAUUAUUGAUAACCCACAGAGAGAUUGAACACUAGUGAAGUGAACAUUUAUAUUCUGGACUUCCAACUUUAUGUUUGUGUGUGUUUGCGUUGAGGGUGAGAGGGUGGGUGCGUGCAUAAAAGCACAUCGGAUUCCUGUAAUAGAGGUUAUCGGGGUUUUUGGUCCAGUCUCGGCAAUCAGAACCAUAAAGAGAAUCUCCUCUCAUCAUGUGAUUCCGAGAUGUAUUCAGUUUUCCCAGAAUGCACUUUGCCCGCAAUGGCCCUCCACUUGUGUGCGGAAAGACCGUAGCCGCUAACUCAUUACGAGCCGUGAACUUCAUGCAAAACCAAUGUGGACGUUUUCAAUAAACACUUGUAUGCAACAAUAGUAAAAACUC